AUGGAUUUCUUUGUCUGGUCUGGAUCUCUUCAGACAGCCCAACUAGUUUUUGUCCUCAUCUUUUUCGCGUUCUCUGUCAAAAUUAUUCAUCAAGCAUACCUCACACCUCUGCGCAAGAUUCCCGGCCCAUGGUAUGCGCGGUUCACCAAUCUCGUUCUUAAAUACCAUAUAUUCACCGGUCGUCGCAUUCAAUACGUUCAUUCCCUCCAUCAAGCUUAUGGACACAUAGUCCUCAUUACUCCAAACGAAGUAUCAUGUUCUUCAAUUCCUUCUUUCAAAACUAUCCACCGCAUCUCCAAACCUUUUCUCAAGUCUACAUGGUAUCAGAAAUUUGUGAGUGGACCAGACGGUGUUUUUAACAUGAUUGAUGUAAAAGACCAUGGUGUCCGUCGCAAGAUGUUUUCGCAUGCUUUCAGUAAGAGCUCUUUGAAAGUAACUUGGGAGAGCGAGGUUAGGAAGAAGACGAACAUGGCGGUGGAGAAAAUCAAAAGAGAUGCUUUGGUAGGAGAAGCAGACGUCUUGAAAUUCCUCAUGUUCAUGGCUGCAGACGUCAUAGGACAUCUCUGUUUUGGAGAGAGUUUUGGAACACUAGAAAAGGAACGGAAAACUCAAUACAUCGAAGAUCUUCAACAGGUGGCAAUGGUAUCUGGUAUCCGCGCCGAAUUCCCUGGGCUUUUCAAAAUUGGAAGGAUGUCAGGUCUUUCUUUCCUCAAGACUCCUGAUGAUCGACUGAGAGAUCAUGCAUCAAUAGCUGUCCGAAAUGCAAAAUCACAGAGUGAUGCUACUCCUAACAUAUUCCGCAAGAUACUCGCCGAAGAAAAGUCUGAGAAUGGGGAGGGAUCAUUGUCAGAUUUUGACAUUCAACAGGAAGCCUCGAACUUUAUUGUAGCGGGGACUGAUACGACUGCUAAUACGCUUACUUUUCUGCUAUACAACAUUUUGAAAAAUCCUAAAUUGCGGAGACAACUAGAAGAUGAGGUUGACACUUUAGGCGAUGAUUUCGAAUCUAAGGAUGUUGAAGGAUUACCGUUCUUGAAUGCAGUCAUGGAGGAAGGAUUGAGGCUAUGGGGGGCAGCGCCUGGGGGUCUUCCUAGAGUGAUUCCCCAAGAAGGUGUUGAAUUAGAUGGAUACUUCCUUCCUGGAUCCUUAACAGUUUCCACGCAAUCUUACACAAUUCACCGGGAUCCGGAAAUCUUUCCAGAGCCUGAAAGUUUUAAGCCCGAACGCUGGCUAGGUCCCAAAUCAGACGAUUUCAAAACGGCGAAUCACGCUUUCGGUGCAGGAACACGCACAUGUAUUGGUAUUCAUUUAGCGAGAAUGGAAAUUCAGCUAGUUCUUGCUUCAUUUUUCAGGGAGUGCAAAGGAAUUAGAAUUGCCUCGAGCCAAACUGAUGAGGGAAUGGAUAUUGAGAACUUCUUUUUGAUUGCGCCAAAGGGACAUGAAUGUAUUGUUACGAUGAGAGAAGGAUUUUAA